AUGAGCAACAAGAACAGCUAUCAUGUUGUCACCACUAUUAAUAAUCCAACCGCAGUUACAUGCACCGCUAAAGGCAGAUUCCUCGAUGCUGAUUAUGACAACUUGAUUGUCUGCAAAGGGUCUACAAUUGAAGUGUACUCGAUCUUGGCUGACGGUAUCAAAUUAGCAUCAGAAUUCAGUAUAUACGGUGUCAUUAGUAAAAUCCAGACCUGCACUAUACCCAACAAAUCAACGUGUUCACUCUUUAUAUUAACGGAUCAGCACUACUAUACGAUUAUUACAUACGACAAAGCAUUGCAAAAGAUACAGACAGAGGGGCACGGCCAAUUGAACGAACACAAUGCUCGAGUUACGGAUCAACCUAUAUCAACAGUGAUUGAUUUGAUGAGCAGCACAGUCCUUGUCAGUGCAUUCACUGGACUUUUGUUCUCGCUUCCAUUAGUACCCAAGACAGACAUUAAGGGCAAACAGAAAGAAGGCAGCAAAUCAACGUCGUUUGUACCAUCCUCCAUCCGCACCAACGAGUUUGACUUUUUGUCCAUGGUGUCACUGAGAGGCAUUCACCAAUCGUACAUUGCAGUGCUAUUAGGAGAGAUCAACGAUUUGAAGACAAUCAAAGCCUUUAGAUACAAUGCUUCACUCAACGAAAUUAUAGAAAACGACAAAAUGCAAGUUGGUGUAGAGGCGACGACACAUACACUGGUGGCAGUGCCUGAUCCAAUUGGCGGUGUACUAGCAAUUGGCGAAUACAUUAUAUCGUAUUAUGAUCUGUCAUCGUCUGGUAGCACACCAAAGGAACUGAGCAUCGAUCCGACAUUAGUUACAGCAGCCUCGUUUCUGGAGAAUAGCUAUGAUCAUUGCUUGAUUGGAGACGCUGAGGGAUACCUGUAUAUGUUGACAUUUGACAUCACCAAUCUCAAAGUGCAGCAAAUCCACAGUACAUUGAUUGGACAAGCAUGUAUACCCAAUUCAAUUACGCAUUUGGGAGAGGAUCUGUUUUAUAUAGGGUCUUUGCAGGGCGAUCCAUGUGUGAUUAGAUUGAAUAGAGUGGGAGCCAAAUUCAGUAUUGACAUUCUGCAUACAUUCUCAAACCUUGGGCCUAUUGUGGAUUUCUGUUUGUUUGACUAUGACCAACAAGGAAAGCAGACCAUGGUGUGCUGCUCUGGCGUAGAUAAAGACGGCAGCUUGCGUGUUGUAGAGAACGGUGUUGGCUUUUUGAAGCAGUACCAACUUGAUAUACCGCUAAUCACACAAGUAUUUCCAUUGACGAUACCCAAGACAUUCCGCGAUGUCCUCGUCAUUUCCACAUUUGAUAGAACUCUUGUAUUGCAACAAACAAGCAACACAGAAAUGAAGGAAUUCGCCGAAUACAGCGGCAUGGUGCAUAACGAGGUGACGCUUGCGGCUAUCAUCAAUCAGGAAGGCUAUUUGAUACAAAUCACCAAGUCAUCAGCGCGCAUCAUGAGUGCGGGAGAUCAGGGUUCGCUUUUGUUUGAAUGGAAACCGCCCAAGGGAGAGUACAUUGCCAUUGCUCAGCUGAAUGAAACUCAAUGUGUGCUUUGUUGUGGUACAGGCAUGCUGAUUUAUUUUGAUUGCGCAGGAAACAUGCUCAGACAGAUUAGCUAUUUACAGUUGCCUGAUGUUGCAUGUAUUCGGUUGUGUCCCCUCAAACAAGAUGGUAUUGACAGUGAUUACGUAUUGAUUGGGAUGUGGUCAAAGCCCAAAGCCCUGUUGCUGCAGCUCCCUCAUCUAGAAAUUGUGCUGGAAUACUCGCUCAAGGAAACUGGGCCUCGAGACUUGCUGAUCACGCAAUUCGAGAGCAAAUACUACUUUAUGAUUCUGCUGGGAGAUGGGCAGUUGCUAAGCAACGAAAUUCAGCUCAAGGGAAACGUGGCACAAAUAAAGAACGAGAGACAGACAAUGGUUGGCACCUACUGCACAUCCAUGUACCCCUAUGUGCACCAAAAUCAAAAGAAGGUUUUUAUCGCAGGCAGUAGGCCAACCAUCGUGUCCAGUCUCAGGGAAACCCUAUAUUUCUCUGCUGUCAAUAUAAAGGACGUCUUUGCAUUUGCAACAUUCAGCCAGCAUAUUCUACUAAUGACUAGCCAUUGUCUCUUAUUUGGUCAGAUUGAUGCAAAUCAAAAGCUACACCACAACAAAUUUAAAAUCGAAAACGACAUGCCUGUGCGCAUUCGAUACAUGAAUCAAACAAAAGCAUUAGCAGUGGGCACGCUGUACAAGGAAAAGAACAAUCACAAUGGAUUCUUGACAAACAGAGGCAAUAUACGUAUCCUGGACGCACAGACAUUUCAAGUGCUGGAUACAUAUCCUCUGCCUGGCAUUGAAACAGUCGAGAGCAUGGUGAUGGCAAGCUUCAGUGGAUAUCCCAACAAGGAGUAUCUGUUUGUGGGCACAGUCAUUGAAAAUGCCGAUGAUCCAGAUGCAAGUCAUGGCCGUAUAUUGGUGUUUGAUAUCAAGGACAACUACAAGAUUGAACUACUGGAAGCAAUAGACGAGCCAGGCAUCAUUUACGAUAUGCGGGCAUUCCAAAAUUCGGUGGUGGCGUGCGUCAAUGGCUCUAUCUAUUGCCUGACCAAGUUUGCUCCAGACUUACCGCGGGGCCAGCGGGUGGCCUUUGAGAUCAAUGUUCACAAAAAUGUACUGGCUUUAAGCUUGGAUACGCGAGGUGAUAAAGUGCUUGUUGGCGAUUUAAUGCGAUCCAUGUCUGUGCUGAAAAUGACGAACCAAAAUCCAUUGAAGCUGGAUGUGCUAGCAGUGGACAGCAAACCCGCGUGGAUGACAGCUGUCAAAUUCGUCAACGAUUACACAUACAUUGGAGCUGACGACAAGAACAAUAUCUUUACAUUGAUGUUGAAUGAGAACGACAGUGCAGGAGGCAAUAUAUCCAAAUUACAGCUGAAAGGUGGAUUCCAUGUUGGGUCAUUGAUCAACUGCUUCCGACCAGACAUCCUGGUAGAUGUGCUGUCCACUGGAGCAAAAGAUCAUGACGCAUUGACGAAAUCGAUUGAAGGGUCAUUUACAUUUGCGACUGUGCAUGGAUCUAUAGGUACUGUCAAGACCAUUUCACACAAAGCCUUUGAGCUGUUUUCUACACUGCAAAGAAACAUCUUGGCGGAGAGUGCCAGCAUUGGCAACCUCAAGUAUGCGUCCUGGCGAAAUUACAAGCCCAAACUGCAGCAAACACACCAUCAUCACCAAGACAUGACAACCUACCUGGAUGGCGAUUUACUAAAGAAGUUUCAAUAUUUCAACCUUACCAUCAAGCACAAGAUACUCCAGCAUGAAUUGCUAAAGAACUACAGCAUUGUGGAAAUGGAGGGGCUUAUUAAUAGCCUUGUUUCCUGA